CGUGACCAACCUUGAUGUCAGCUGCUCCGGGCUUCAAGGGAGUUUGCUCUCAAAUAACAGCCUUUUCUCCCUCAGCCAUCUUCGGAGACUAAAUCUCUCCUUUAAUGAUUUUGAGGAUUCCACUAUUUCAUCUCAAUUCAGGAAUGCAAAUUUAUAGGAUCAUAUCCUAUAUUGCUUGGUGAUUUCACACAGAUUAUCGCCUUAGACCUCUCAGCAAACAAUUUUCACGGCCAAGUUCCAUGGUACUCUUUGAAUUUCAACGGAAUUACUUCUCUGGAUCUUUCAAGCAACAAUUUUCAAGGGGAGCUUCCAGAAUCUUAUGUUGUUCCAUUGCAGUUGACUUCUCUAGACUUGUUUGAUAACAUGUUCAAUGGGACCCUUCCUUCAUGGUUGUAUGCUACUCCUUCCUUGUUCCAUUUAGAUCUUCAUGGCAACCAAUUCAGUGGCUUCAUAAAAGAAUUCCAAACCCGCUCUUUAGUUUGGCUUGAUUUACAUCAUAAUCAAUUAGAAGGCACAAUUCCAAGAUCAAUUUCUGAGCAAUUAAAUCUUUCAGUUUUAGAUCUUUCUUCAAAUAAAUUGUCUGGUGCCAUAGAGUUUAGCCAAUUCUCAAAGAUGAAGAAACUCUGGUCUCUUGAUCUUUCAUUUAACAAUUUUUCGACAGCUUCUUCUGGUUCCAUUAACUAUACUUUGCCUGAGCUUCUAAACUUGCGUCUGUCUUCAUGCAAUAUAAAUCAGUUCCCACACUUUAUAAAAGCCUUGAAAAAUAUAGAGUUGUUAGACCUUUCUCAUAAUCAACUUGCUGCAAAUGUUCCCAAAUGGGUUGGAGAAGUAGGGACAAGCUCAUUGUACUUUUUAAAUCUUUCCCAUAAUUUUUUGACAAACAUUGAGCUUGCUUCAUGGAAAAGAAUGGUAUAUCUUGAUCUCCGUUCCAACAUGCUUCAAGGGAGUCUUCCAAUCCCAUCACAAUCCACAUACCUAUUUUCAGCCUCGAGCAAUCAAUUUAGUGGAGAGCUACCUUCUUUGCUUUGCAAGCUAGAAACAAUCAGUGUACUAGAUUUGGGCAAUAAUAGCUUCACUGGGAUGAUUCCUCCUUGCCUCACUAAUUUAAGUUCCAUUCAGAUCUUAAAUUUGCAAUCCAAUAAGUUUCAUGGCAUGUUCCCUUCAACAUUUGAAGAUUGUGGCAGUUUAAGGACUCUCAACCUUAAUGGUAAUCAAUUGGAAGGAGUUUUGCCAAAAAGCUUAGCCAACUGCAAGAUCUUGGAGAUUUUAGAUAUUGGAAACAACAAGAUCAAUGGGACCUUCCCCCACUGGUUGGAAACACUUCCGAUCCUUACUGUUCUUGUCCUAAGAUCUAAUAACUUUCAUGGUCCCAUUGGUUAUCCUGAGUUCUUGGGAUGGCUACCAUUUCGAUAUUUACGAAUUCUUGAUGUUUCCCACAAUCAGUUCAGUGGUCAUUUGCCCACAAAAUAUUUUGAAAUAAUGAUAGCUAUGAUGGAUUCACAUAAAGAAACAUUGGAAUACAUGGGAAAAUAUUAUCAGAGAGCCGGAUAUUAUUAUGACUCUGUGACAGUUGUAUUGAAAGGUCUUUCUGUUGAGAUGGUCAGAAUCCAAUCCAUGUUCACAACCAUUGAUUUUUCAUCAAAUAAUUUUGAGGGACAUAUUCCAAAGAUGAUAGGAAAUCUCAAGUCACUCAAGGGACUCAACUUCUCACAUAACAAACUUAAUGGUUUUAUUCCAGCAUCAAUGGCUAACUUGACUAAUCUUGAGUGGUUAGAUUUAUCAUCAAACAAGCUUGGAGGAGAAAUACCAGUGGAAUUCACAGAUAUGACAUCUCUUCAAGUCCUAAACCUUUCGCGAAACCAAUUGGUUGGAGCCAUACCAACCGGAAAGCAGUUCAACACAUUUGAAAAUGAUUCGUAUGGUGAAAAUCUAGGACUCUGUGGAUUUCCAUUGUCAGAGGGAUGCGGAGAGCUCAGCACACAACCGCCACCAGUUGGAAUGGACUUCUCACCAGAAGACGAUACAGACGCUGCAAGGCUUUUUCAUUGGAAAUUUGCACUGAUCGGGUAUGCAGGAGGACUUGUGUUUGGGAUUUCUAUGGGAUAUGUUAUGCUUUCAGAUCCAAAAAUUGAGUGGGUGAUUGAAGAAUAUGUUGGACAAGGAUGGUGGCCUAAAUCAGUGAAAAGAAAAAAGAGAAAUACUCGCUUAAAAGCAGGAAAUGGAAGGAGGAAUCAUUAAAUAAUCUAGUGAUUUUGUGCAACUUUUCACUAAGAAAACAUAUCAGUUUAUAAUCCUCAUUGCAAAAGUCCAUCGUUUGUGAAAAUAUCAUAUUGUUGUGUGCUGUAGUUUGUUGUUGCUUGGCAGUAAGCAACUGUGGCUAAGUAGGCGUUCACCAAUAGGUUUAGUUGCUUACCUAUUUCUUACUCGAAAAACUUAUUCUGUAAUGAUCGUGAGGUUAAGUUCUAAUUAAUAGACAUCUUUUCAAAAAAAGAAAAAGCAACUGGCAGAUUCAGGAUAUCAAUUGAUUGGAGCCAUAGCCUGUAAGCAAGCAAUUCAACAUGUGUUUUUUUUUCAAAAGAAAAUGAAAAAACAAUACUAAUAAUAGAAACAUUUCCUUUAAAACAAAUAUACCAAUAUUAUUUCACUCACAUGUAAAUUACAGCAAACAAUUUCAAACCACCUACUACAUUUCAUGAUUCCAAUCCUGCAAAAGAAUGAAUUUUUCACAUUUCACUAUCCUCUCACUCAUUUCUUGUUGUACCCCUCAAAAGAAUGUUAAAAAGAAUGAAAAAUUGAACAACACAGCAUAUUCCCCCACUCCACUAUUUUCCAUCUGUAUAUUUUGAGUUUCUUAUGAAGAGGGACUCUUCUUGGUCUUGAACCGAUACAUAACCCUUUUCUUUUUG